GCCAUGGCCGGCGGUCGCCGCUGACACGGCGCGUCUGCAGGUCGGCGGCUGGAGCGGGAGUGGAGACACUGAGACCCAGAGAGAACCGGCCGGCGAUGAGUGGCUGAGGCGGAUCGGGCGGCUGUAGGGUGAGAUCUCCGCGCCCGGGAGGGCGGGCCUGAGCCGCCACGGAGAUUGCCCGCCCCGCUGCCUGCGAGGGGCUCGCGAUGGCGGAGAGGCCGCCCCCGGUGAUUUUCUGCCAGGACUCCCCGAAGCGUGUCUUAGUCUCCGUUAUCAAAACCACCCCGAUUAAACCAUCCCGGGGGGGCGAGGAGCCGGCACCCGCCGCGCCUGUCCCCACCAGCCCCGGCUUCAGUGACUUCAUGGUGUAUCCCUGGCGCUGGGGGGAAAACGCGCACAACGUGACCCUCAGCCCCAGUAGCGCCACCGCUCCCUCCUCAGUCCAGCAGCCUCGAGUGGGGGUGGUCAGAACCUCUAGCGGGGAGGAUGAGGAGGCGGGCAGCCCAGAUAGCGGCGGCGGCGGCAGCCACCUGAAGGAUGGUAUUAGACGUGGCCGACCAAGAGCAGACACAGUGCGAGAUCUAAUAAGUGAGGGAGAGCAUUCAUCCAGCCGAAUCCGUUGUAACAUCUGCAACAGGGUGUUUCCACGAGAGAAAUCUUUACAAGCACACAAAAGAACUCACACUGGUGAAAGGCCUUAUUUGUGUGACUAUCCAGAUUGUGGGAAAGCCUUUGUUCAGAGUGGGCAGCUCAAAACACACCAACGUCUUCACACAGGAGAAAAGCCUUUUGUCUGCUCAGAAAAUGGAUGUUUAAGCAGAUUCACACAUGCAAACCGUCAUUGCCCCAAGCAUCCCUAUGCAAGACUGAAGAGAGAAGAACCCACAGGCAGACUGAGUAAAAAACAAACGGCUGACAAUAAAGCUGUUGCUGACUGGCUAGCAAAAUAUUGGGAGACUAGAGAGCAGCGCACUCCUACUUUGAAAAGCAAAACAGCUCAGAAAGCUGACCAGGAACAGCAAGAUCCCAUGGAGUAUCUUCAGUCCGAUGAAGAGGAUGAGGAGGAAAAAAAUAGUGCUCCCUCCGCUGCCCGCCGUCGCCUUCAGGAGCAGCGUGAACGCCUGCAUGGUGCACUAGCUCUUAUUGAGCUUGCAAACCUGGCUGGAGCACCAAUGCGACAGUAGCAUAGGAACUGAAUCUGCCAGUAUAUAAAAUGUACUGCCUGGUGGUACUUAACCAGUUAGAUCCUGGGCAUAAGCUAAGCACCUUAUUUGCUUAUCAUAGGCUGCUAUUCUGUAGAAUUCAUGAAGAAUGUUGUUGCCCCACAAGAUGGGGUGAGAGAAUUGCACUUUUUUGUAUGGUAAAAGAUAGAUGUGAUGUUUUUAAGUAUUUUGUAAAUAUGGGACUGCACAAUGCAGGGUUGACAAAUUGCAUAUUGUGGAAAGUUAAGAUUUUUUGCAAGGUUAAUUCAUUCAUUUGAAGCAGUUCUCACAGGAAGCACUUUCUGAACAUAAUGCUGUAUGAAUAGAAUUGUACAGGUAACAGGGAGGAUUAUUUAUCUGACUAUUUAAACAAAAUUACAUUUAGUAUGUUUGAUAAUACUGUAAUAAGCAAUGAUGCAACCAAGUCUUUAAUGGCAAUAUAUUUUGCAUAGUAUUACUGAGAAGAGGGCAAAAGUUCUAACUUGAGGCGGGGAAGAAACUGGUUAUGUAGAAACUGAGAGUUCAGGAUCUUCACUGUGACUGCCUAUAGCAUGAGACUGACUUUGCUAUCUUAUUUUAGACUUGAGAUUUCAGUAGAAUCUCUUGAUCUGAGUAGCACUUGUUAUUCCUAGCACAUGCUGUUGGGAACUUUUGCACAUUGUCGGGCUUAUUUGAAAAUGAAUGAUUUGCCUUGCAAAGUCUAGACAUAAAGGUAACAAUUGGUAGUAUUUCUCAGAUGUUUUGGACCCUGUAAUGAGAUUUGGCACUUGUUUUGUUAAUAAAGUGGGUAUUUACAGGGUGGUAUUGAUUUGUAGUAAACUAUUUAGAAAUCUUAUUAGCUAACACUACGUUUUAAAGUUCUGCUUUUAUAUGAAUAUUAGCAAAUAGAAGCCUCCAUAUUCUUUUUUUAAUUGCAUAAAGCCACCUUAUUGCUUUACUUCAGGAUAAGAUGUCAAGUUUGUGUUCACUAAGUGUAGUACAGCUAUCAGUUAAACACUGCAGAAGAAUAUUUGCUGUUCAACUAGAAACUAGGCUUCCAGAGAUAGUUGUAAGUGUGUUUAAAUUGUGUGGUUUCAUAUCUUUCCCAAAUAAAUGAAGUUACAGAACACGGCUUAAUGAUCUCAAGCACAAACCGAAAAGCAAGUUUAGCAGCACAUCCUCAUCACCUCAUGUUUUAUAUUGGUUUUAUCUGACUUACAAUACAACAGGCUUGUCUCAUGGUCUUAUUUUGCCUUUCUUUUGAGCAGCAUAUAACCAGAGAUGCAUAAUAUACUAACAGAUAAUAAAUUUGGUGAAUUGGGCAUGCUCCUGAAUUUUUUUUAAUGUUAGGCUGUUGGUUUAGUGCCUAUUAACAACAAAUCCAGUUAUCUUCAAGUUUGACCUGCUUCUGUAGUUCAUAACAUUACCCAGGCUAUAGACUCCUCCCUCUUAUCACAACACAACCAGAAAAUAUAGAUGUGAAGGGGAGCUAUUUUUCCUGUUAGUGUGAGAGGGAGGGAAAAGUACUUAAGACUUGAGUAAUUUUUUUUUAAAACUGAUUAGAUGAGGACAGAUGUUUCAGAAAUCUAACAUGAUUACAGCAGAGAAUGCUACUCUUGAAUUCAGUUUUUCUAAUAACUGAUGCCUAUAAUGGCAUGAAUUUUAUUAACCUGGUACAUGUUUAGAAUUGAGUUGGUGCACUUAACUAAACAGUGGUCAGAGAGAUUCUAAUUUUUAAGUAGUGGUGAUUUUUUAGAUUUGCCAAUGUAGUUCUUGAUUUCUUGUGUUCAUUUCCUUAAUUAUCUGGCCUCAAACUUUAAAAAAAAAAAA